CUGAAUGAGAACGAGCUAGAGGGAGAGAGCCGGUGGCCAGAGGCACUGCAGGACCGAGUGAGGAGGGCAGAGAGCUGCAGCCAUGCCCGGGAACGGGAUGGAGCCGAGGGCUCUGAAAUACGAGCAGACACUGAUGUAUGGACGGUACACUCAGGACCUUGGAGUUUAUGCUAAAGAGGAAGCUGCUCGAAUUCGGAAAGAAAGAGAACACCUUAAGCCAGGCAGAGAAGAACAACCACGGGUGGCAGAGCUGAGGGAAUAUGAUGAGAGUCGCUGUGCCAAGUGUAGAAUCUGCUGUGUACACUCACAACGGAUUAUUCUGUCUCGUAUUGGAGAAGACUGGAUUUUCCUUAUUUUGCUGGGUUUACUGAUGGCUUUGGUCAGCUGGGUCAUGGAUUUCACAAUUGCAGUGUGUUUACAAGCUCACAAAUGGAUGUACGGCGGUUUAGAGAGCAAUGUCUUUCUGCAGUACUUGGCCUGGAUCACAUAUCCCGUUGUCCUCAUCACUUUCUCUGCAGGCUUCACGCAGAUUCUGGCACCUCAGGCUGUAGGGUCUGGCAUACCAGAAAUGAAGACUAUCCUACGUGGUGUGGUGCUCAAGGAAUAUCUAACACUUAAAACAUUUGUUGCCAAAGUCAUUGGACUGACUUGUGCCCUUGGAAGUGGAAUGCCAUUAGGAAAGGAAGGCCCGUUUGUGCAUGUUGCCAGUAUGUGCGCUGCUCUGCUCAGCAAGUUCAUGUCUCUCUUUGGAGGAAUAUACGAGAAUGAGUCCCGGAACAUCGAGAUGCUGGCUGCUGCUUGUGCUGUUGGAGUUGGGUGCUGCUUCGCUGCCCCUAUUGGAGGGGUCCUGUUUAGCAUUGAGGUCACCUCCACGUUUUUUGCUGUAAGAAAUUACUGGCGGGGUUUCUUUGCGGCUACCUUUAGUGCUUUUAUAUUUCGCGUUCUCGCCGUAUGGAACAAAGAUGAAGAGACGAUCACUGCAUUGUUUAAAACCCGUUUUCGCCUGGACUUUCCCUUUGACCUCCAAGAACUUCCAGCAUUUGCUGUAAUUGGGAUCGCUAGUGGAUUUGGAGGUGCGCUAUUUGUCUACCUCAAUCGCAAGAUUGUACAAUUAAUGAGGAAACAGAAGGCAAUUAACAAAUUCCUUAUGAAAAAGCGUCUUCUGUUUCCUGCUGUGGUCACUUUACUCAUAUCUACUCUGACUUUCCCACCAGGAUUUGGUCAGUUCAUGGCUGGUCAGCUAACACAAAAAGAGACUUUGGUAUCACUGUUUGAUAACUGUACAUGGGCUCAACAAGGGGUCUCUGAGGACUUCAUGUUUAAAGGUGCUUCCAACGCAUGGAAAAGCCAGAGAACCAAUGUGUUUGUCACUCUGGUGGUCUUCAUUCUAAUGAAGUUUUGGAUGUCUGCACUAGCCACUACACUUCCAGUUCCAUGUGGAGCGUUCAUGCCAGUAUUUGUAAUUGGUGCUGCAUUUGGCAGGCUAGUUGGUGAGAGCAUGGCAGCUUGGUUCCCAGAUGGUAUUCACAGUGAUGGCAGCACAUAUCGGAUUGUCCCUGGUGGCUAUGCAGUUGUAGGUGCCGCAGCGCUUUCAGGAGCAGUCACUCAUACUGUGUCUACAGCAGUGAUUGUUUUUGAACUGACCGGACAGAUUUCUCAUAUAUUACCAGUGAUGAUUGCCGUCAUUCUGGCUAAUGCAGUGGCUCAGAGUCUGCAGCCAUCCCUGUAUGACAGUAUUAUUCGCAUCAAAAAAUUGCCUUAUCUUCCAGAGCUGGGCUUUGGGCACCAAGAGAGGUACAAUGUACGGGUUGAGGACAUUAUGCUGAGAAAUAUUCCCUUUUUAUCGUUAAACACCAAGUACCGAGAGCUUCAAGAACUGCUAACAGACUGUCGGUUGAAGAACCUGGCUUUGGUGGAGUCUGCAGAGUCCAUGGUGUUGCUGGGCUCCAUUGACUGCGCUCAGCUGGUGUCUUUGCUGCGGUUUCAGCUCAGCAGAAAACGUCGCCUGCAGCAGCUGAGAGAGAAAGAGAAUGGGGGAAAGAAAGAAGUAGAGAGCAGUGUGCGAUUCCAGAUAGAAACAGAAGAGUCCUCAUUUUCUCCACCACCGGUAGGGGAAAGCCGGAAACCCCUUAAACCAGCUCUGAAACGCAACCAGAGUAGCGUGACGGAACAUUCUCAAGAUGAAUCCGAUAAUUCCGUAGCCGCCUUGAAAAAUAUAUUCUGUGCCAAAGACUUCAGUGAAACCAUGGAGUCUGCCAAGAAUCCUGCAUCACCCUUAAAGAUUAAGUUGAAACGGAAACGGCCACGUAGGACGGGGGAAGAUAUGGAUGAGAUAGAUACAAUGACACAAUCACAGAUUUUAGAAUGGGAAGAGCUUCAGCUGGAUGAAACAAUCAAUUUCAACAACUUAAAAAUUGACCCUGCACCAUUCCAGUUGGUGGAAAGAACAUCUCUACAUAAAGCACACACAGUUUUCUCCUUGCUUGGUAUGGACCAUGCUUAUGUCACCUCCAUAGGAAGACUCAUUGGGAUGGUGACAUUGAGAGAGCUUCGUAAGGCUAUUGAAGGCUCGGUGAACGCUAAAGGUGCUAAAGUACGCCCUCCGUUAGCCAGCUUCAGAGACAGUUUUACAAGCAGUAGCGAGACAGAGACUGCCAAUAUCAGUAAAUUAUGGGAAAGAAGCCACCGGCAUCUACUACCUCGUGAAUCCAGUCCCUCUGAUAGUGAUGACAAGUGACCUUAAUCAUACGUCAGCCAUCAAGCAACAUACUGUACACCUGGAGGAUUCUGGGAUUUCAUAUCAGCACUGCCAUCUGUUUCAUACAGAAAACCUUGAAUGCACAAGCUGAACAUUUGAAUCGUGAGUCUUCCAUUCCAACUCUAGAAGAAAAAGCAGGAGUUGGGGUAUUUUUAAUGUGGCCUUUAUUGGCCUUCUUUUUAGAAGUGCCCUGCACCUUCUCAAUAAUGUGAACUCUAACCUUGUAAUGAUCACUGGAACUGGGUGCAAUGUACCGACUAGACAGACUGGACUGCCAUAAAUCAGUAGUGAUAUUUUUUUAAUUUCCAGUUAUGACCUUCUUGGGGUUAACGCUGCCACUAAUUUUAUGUGCCAUUAAAAUAAAUUAAUGUUGUGUUUGUACAAAGGUCUAGCUGCAUCAUUGAUGUCA